AUGUCGCGGGCGAGAAAGUAUGAUAAUUCGGAUAGAAUUUGUAUCUAUAAGUACAUCAGCGAACAUAGUUGUGGUGUUAAACAUGCCAAUAGUAGCCAUAGAAAACUCUCAAUUAAAGUCAUUGCUUCACUUUGUGUAAAUAUGUAUCGUGAUGGAAAGAGUUCAAAUGUUAAAGGGAUUCAAGGGAUUAUGUUUAAUUCAUUUCGUUGUAGUACAAGUUAUUGGAAAUGUUGGAAGGGAGGUGUGGGUUCCAAGGAGGUGGUCCAAGGGACAACAGAGAAUGGAUAUUCAUGGUUACUGACUUUUUCCUACAUGUUAGAGACACUUUAUGUUGGUUCUAUCUAUUUUAUCAUUGUAACCAAGGGUAGCCUUAAGUUCAUGUAUUAUAUCUUGGCCAUCAGUGCUUGCAUUACGGGAGUUGCUCACAUGAAAAAGGUAGUUGCGGUUGAUGACACUCAUUUAAAUGGUAAAUACGAAGGCGUGUUAUUGAGUGCUGUUGCACAAGAUACAGAGAAAGAUGUAUAUCUGAUUGCCUUUUGUGUGGUGGAUAAAGAGAAUGAAGCAUCUUGGACAUUCUUCUUUGAGAAGAGUAAGGAGAUUGUGGUCGAUGAACCAGACUUGUGUUUUAUCUCAGAUAUACACAAGAGCAUCACCAACGACAUUGCGGACGUUUACAAUCAUGCUCACCAGGGAUAUCGUAUGAGGCACCUCGGUGAAAAUCAUCGCGUAAAUCAUCAUUGUGGAGAUUACCUUUAUCUCUACUACAAUGCGGCAAAGGCUUAUUCUUUGGAAGAGUUUGACAAUCAUUUUGUCAAAUUCAAAAACAAAUUUCCCGCAACAGUCCUCGCCCUUGAGUAUGAUAUAGGUUUUGAGAAGUGGAGCAGAUACAUUUUCCUAGCAAUAGAUUUGAUGUGA